UUUCCAGGCAUACGAAGGAGUCCGCACCGAGAUGGUUGAAGCGGCAAAGAACCAUCAGAAGAUCGCAUCGAAUAUUCGUGAACUCGUUGUCUCGCCCUUCAGACGCUGGUGCGGUCAGCAUGAAGCCAGAAUUCAGCUCUCGCACGACGAUCUCCAGACGCGUAUCAAGGAACAUACCAAACAGGUGGAGGUUGUCAAGAAGCUGCGGAGUCACUACUUCAACAAGUGUCGUGUGGUUGAAGACUUGGAGGAAGAGAACAAGCUUGCCUUCCAAGCCCCCCAAAACAGUCCCCAGUCCAAGAACACUCCUCGACUUGUCCUUCCGGAAAAACAACCAGAGGAAGAAGAACCUGUUGAGAUUGGGGAUCGCAUCUACCCGCCAGAGGAGUUGAAGAGACUUCUGGUGCAUAUGCUGGAGAAUAUUAAGGUGGGAGACGUCAAGGUGCCUAUCAUGGGUACCUACCAGAACACGUCGACUGGUGCGGACAUCGUCGAGUACACCCAAAAGUACAUGAAUGCGACUAGUCUCACUUAUGCGGAAGCGAUUGGUCAAGACCUUGUCGAAAACGGCUUCCUCCGGCUUGUGGGUAACAUGGGAAACACUUUCGCCAACAGCUCGAAGAUGAAUUACCAGUGGCGCGCAAAGGUCUUCCAAGUAACCGGUAUGCCCGAGAAGAAGAAGCCUCUGAUGCGCGUCACGUCGGCUGCCUCAAGCGAAGACGGUGGUAACGACUCCCCGAUUGCGUCCGUCUCGGAGAUGAUUGCUGGCUGGAACCCUCUCAACAACCCGUAUCCGAAUGAGUCGCCGGCAGAGAAGCUGCACAGGGAAGCCCGUGAAGCGGAUGAACGGUACAAGGCUGCAGUGCGCAAGCUUGACCAGAUCAGAUGCAAACUUGAGGAAGAGAUUGUCGCGAACCUUCGCUUCAUGGAACAAUGCGAGCUCGACCGUCUCAAGGCGAUCAAGUCUGUUGUUCUGGAUUUCUCUGGUGCGAUCAGCAACGUCAUCCCGAACCUGCAAAGCACCGUCGACCACAUGAUGCUGUACCAGGAAACCAUUCAGCCUCUAGGAGACCUCCGGUAUCUCCUUGAGAACUACCGGACUGGUGGCUUUGUCCCUCGGGUCCAGGCCUAUGAGAACUACUAUGGCUCGGUUGAAGACCAAAACUUUGGUGUCGACCUUGAAGCCAGGUCAAGGGCUGACCGCAAGCGGGUUCCUAUCCUCCUAACCUCGAUCUUGACCUAUUUGGACGACCGUUACCCCGAACUUGAAGGAGACGAGGCACGUCGUGCCGUCUGGCUCCAUGACGUUCCCUUGGAGGCAACACACCGUCUUCGCAAUGCACUGAACAACAGCAAGGUGGACUAUCAGGAAGUGCUGGAACAGUCUGAGAUCCCCGUUGUUGUCAGCGUCCUGAAACUUUACCUCCUUGAGUUGCCCGAUUCCCUAGUUUCUUCCCAAGUUUACGAAAUCGUCAAGACGGUCUAUUCGACUACUGCUCAUGAGACAACGGAAGAAGGACGGAUUAAGGUCUUGCAGAGCACACUCGGACAACUCCGUCUCAACAACAUUGCUACGCUUGACGCCAUAAUGACCCAUAUCACGCGCUUGAUUGAUUUGACCUCUGCUGACGAGACGUUCGUUUCGACGCUCACCCAGUCAUUGUCGCAGUGCGUUCUCCGGCCGCGCUGGGAGAGCAGUCUUACCAUGGACGAGCGUCACAGCUACCGUCUGAUCCGAGACCUCUUUGCUCACAAAGAUGUGAUUUUUGGUGAACUGAAGCGGCAGUCCAGCGCAAACGGACUUGGAAGGACGAACAGCCGUCCUCGUGCCAUCAGUACCGAUGAGAGCAACCGCCGCGCGGCCAUGGAAGCCCGCAACCGUGCCAUUGUGGACCGCAGCCGUGGUCACAGCCCGGCUCCUCCCCGCAAGCACCGCCGGGACCGCUCCAGCGGUGCGUCGGAAACCAGACGGUUCCCGAUCAACGUGACUAGCCCGACGGAUAAGAGAACCAUGACCAGAGGCAGCCUGGACGUCCCCAGCAACAACAACUCUCCUACUGGAACCGAGCAAAUGACGAACGUGAAUAUCCAUGCUGCUGAAUCUGCAACCAAUGGCACUCCAGACGACUCCCCGGUCUCUGCUGCUGCGAGCGUUAGCACCUCGGGCACGUCUAGCCCUCCACCGCCGCCAGCGGCUGCGACAGACGACUCGCCCACUCCCACACCUACACCAGCACCAGUGCACGCUUCCACUACCAGCGACGCUGAUAAGCGCACGUCAAUCUCUCGUUCUAGUUUGAAGUUUACCCGCAAGCCUGGUCUCGGUAGCGUGUCCAGCUUCCCUACGUCUGUGGGUACGAACAGCAACCGAAACAGCAUUGCAGAGAGUGAACCCAAUCGCAUAACCCUGGAGGAUAAGCCUAUGGAUGACGAUUAAAUGCGAUUAUCCGGUUUUCCACUGCUUUCGAUUUUGUUUCGACCAUGAUGACUUUUACGUGGUUUCACUUAAGGAAAAUUCUCGUUUUGCCCACACAUCGCAUUCCAAGUCGUGCUCAUGGGUUUUUUUUUUAUUUUUUUAUUUUGAAGUUCAGAAAAGAUUCCCAUUAUAGCCCUCAUCACUCAUCGGUUUAUACACAUACCCGGUUUGUAUGCUUUA